AUGGGCGGGCGGGCGCUGCUCGCAGCCCUCUGCGUCUGGAGCCACUGCCUCGUCGCCCUGGGGGAAGAGCCCGUCGCCGCCCCAAGAAAUACUGCAGGAAAAAAGAGUGACUUCAGUGGCAUCGAGAGCAAAUUUUCUUUAAGGACCCCUGAACAGCCUUAUGAAGACACUUGCUUCUUAGUUCCUGGGCAAGAAAAUAGCGUGACACAAUGCAACUUCAACCAUACCAGUAAAACCUUUGUGGUGAUCCAUGGAUGGACGGUAACCGGCAUGUAUGAGAGCUGGGUUUCCAAGCUAGUGAAGGCGCUGUAUAAAAGGGAGCCGGAUUCUAACGUCAUUGUUGUUGACUGGCUAGUUCGAGCAAGCCAACAUUAUACAAUAUCGGCUAGUAACACAGAACUGGUGGGGAAGGAUGUUGCCAAGUUUGUUGACUGGAUGGAGGAGCAGUUCGGCUACUCCCUGAACAACGUCCACUUGCUGGGAUACAGCCUCGGUGCCCACGCUGCUGGUAUUGCUGGAAAACUGACCAAUAGGAAGAUCAGCAGAAUUACUGGUUUAGAUCCUGCUGGGCCUAACUUUGAGUACGCCAAUGAAACCAGACGCCUUUCCCCAGAUGAUGCCAUCUUUGUAGAUGUCUUGCACACUUACACCAGGGGGUCCCCGGACCGCAGCAUCGGCAUACAGAAACCUGUGGGGCACAUUGACAUCUACCCUAAUGGUGGCAGCUUCCAACCAGGUUGUAAUCUAGGAGAGACGCUGCUUUUGAUUGCGGAAAAAGGGUUUCAAGGGUUUCAAGAGGCUGACCAGUUGGUCAAAUGCUCUCAUGAACGCUCCAUCCACCUCUUCAUCGAUUCCCUCCUGUAUGAAGAAAAACCGAUUAUGGCUUACCGCUGCAAGUCUAAAGAAGCAUUUGAAAUGGGGCUCUGCUUAAGCUGUAGGAAGAACCGUUGUAACAAUCUGGGCUACAAAGUCAAUAAAGUGAGAACCAAGAGGUCCACCAAAAUGUACCUGAAGACGCGGGCCAAGGCACCUUAUAAAGUCUUUCAUUACCAAGUGAAGAUCCAUUUUUUUGCUAAGAAAAACAUGACGGAGACAAACCAGCCCUUCCUUAUCUCUCUCUUUGGCACUGAGGAGGAAAGCAAGGACAUUCCAGUCACAUUGCCGGAGAUCUCCACAAACAAAACCUUUUCCUUUCUGGUAUACACUGCGGUGGAUAUUGGAGACCUACUCAUUGUCACAAUGAAAUGGGAAAAAGAGUCUAUUUUUAACCUGAAAUAUUGGUGGAACACCCCUGAAUUUUCUAUCCAGAGGAUCAGAGUCAAGUCUGGAGAAACUCAGAAAAAGUUGGUGUUCUGCUCCCGAGAUGGAAUCUCUUAUCUCAGGAAAGGGCGAGGAGCUGCAGAAUUCGUGAGAUGCCUUGGGAAAAAUGCAGCCAAAGAAAAUUCAUGAGGGCCAGCCCAAUCAUGAAAGAAAAAUCAGCGCUUGAGUUCUCUGAAGAAGAAAAAGCGAGUAAAGAAGAUAGCUCUGUAGGGGUGGGAGACCUCAGCACGGUGGCUGUUAAACACAGAAUGUAUUGAGACAUUUAUCAGCACUCUGUGAGACUGUCAGCAUUCUAAGUUACUUUUGUUCUUCAGCUCACAGCUCAUGUGACUAGUUACUUCACAGAAUCUACGUGGCAAUAUGCCUUCAUCUGGAUAUCUCAUUGAAAGUAUUGCAUCCCUUGUUCAAAAGUGCCUCUGACGUCUUCUUGAUCCAGUACUGAAAUUCAUGCGGAAGAAUUCUGCUCCUACAUGUGGAUUUUCUUAUCUGGAACUAGUGGGUGGUUCUUUUUGCGCACACAAAGCCCCUCAUUGCUUAAACAAGAAGCCUCUCCCAAACAAGGACAGAUGUGGCAGUGGGAACUAAUUUUGUUUCUAAUGUUAUCUUGUAAUAAAAACGUCUUGGUUUUUAUAAAGUGUUAAAAAUCCAUAGAAUUUAUUUAAAAAUUACAUAUUUGGACACUUGUCUGGAUCAUGUUUAAUUUGACUAGAGCUCUAAAACAUUAUCCCAUCAGACAGUUCUGUUAUCGGGGAACAUCCUGUUCAGCUGAUUGAUGAGUGUUUAAAUCCUUUGAUGUCUGAAGUUCAAUGGCUUCUGUGAAAUCGAUUAAGGGGAUGGAGAAGCCCAACUAUGUCAUAAUCGUGCUUCUGUACCAUGAGGCUCUGGGCAAGAAUCUAAAACAGGGCAGAAUAAAUGGAGAGAGUGAAUGCGAGUGGACUUUGAAAGAGUCCAGGUUCAAUUUCACUCAACACCCCCCAUCACACGUAUCUGUACUCUUUAUAUGGCAAUAAAUUAUUCACUCAUAGUUCAUUUAUAUAAAAGCACAUGCAAUUACUGCAGUGUUUUAUCAGUUAAAAGGAGCAAGGAACAGCAGUCUGUAAAGACUACAGAAACAGUAUUACCAUUACCAGUUUUAGUGGGAACUCAUACAAACGACCACAUAGUCUCUGGACUGCUAUCACACUUACCUUCAGUAUUACUUCCUUCACCUCCCAGCAGACAGCACUCCUGUUUGAUGCUGGUAUUCCUAAUUUUGAGAAUUCAAUUCAUAUCUGUUGGUCAGCAAUGAGAAAAAUGUCAGAACCUGAAAUCACAUUGUUUGUAGUAAUGCCAGUGUCAGUAGAAUGUACAUUUAUUCAGAAUACGUGGAAACAUAAUAUCGUCGAAUUAGAAAGUUAUGAACACAAGCAAGAGGCUCAAAACUGGUCUUGCAAGAAAAAGUUCUUGUUGACAUUCUGAAAAUAAUUCCCUAGUCUUCAUUUAAAACAAAGAAGCAAACUUACAGUUGCUAACAAAGUCAAUACAAGGUCUAUACUUAAGCACUGGAAGGUAUAUUGUUGUGUGAAAGCAUCCAGAUUAUAAGACAGGUAUGCCGCUAUUAAUUUUUGAUUAUAAUAGCCUAUUUGAUGAAUUAUUUAGUUAAUUCGUUUUGAAGUCUGUCAACAGCUUUAGCAAAAAGUAGUCACAAUUUAUUUGAUUGUGUAGGCAUAGAAAAAUACAACCUUUACAAUAAGGGUACUGCAGUCAAUAAAUGGAAGGGGCACCCUUCAAGUGAAAGAAAUGGACAGUAAUUAAGGAUCCUUAAAACAUCUCCCUACUAUGUUUUAGACAGGAUAAAUUUAAAGUUUGAUAGCUAUGCACUGAAAGAGAGAACUACAGUUUUUUUGUAAAAUGUCUGACUUACUACCUGUUCCCUGAAGUUCUCAUUUUAAAAUAAGAUGUGUUAUAAAGUGUGUAUUUUAUUUACAGAAUCAAAUAUAAACAUCACCUGAUAACCUAAUAGUAAUGGAUUUUUUAUAUGUGAGAACAAAUAGCAGGUUUUAAAUAUUACUAUUUAUUACUUGUAAAAUACAUUUAUGUAUAUGUGUAAAGGGUAGUUUGUAUAUAUUGCUGAAGUUAUCAGUUAUAUGCAUUUAUACAGUUAUGUGGCAUAACUUUUGUAAAUAGCUUUCAAAGUAAGAAAUUAUCAAUGAUUUAUGAAAUCUACGGCUAUGGUAUACUGUUUCCCCCCCUAAGACAUUUCUCCAUUUUAUACUAUUUUGAAAUCUGCCAGUUUAAUAAAACCAAUAAGAUAAAGAGGAGUAA